CGGGCAGCGAGGCGGCAGGCGGAGUCCUGCGCUCCCUGAGAACCAAGGCCUGGGGAAACUGAGGUCCGGAGCUCGGCCCUCCGCCGCGCGGGGGACGGGAAGGGGGCGCGUCCUGGCCCUCGGGCCGCCUCCGCCCGCCCCCACGCGGGUCCCGCCUGGUCCUCGGAAGCGCGUCAUGGAGGCUGCCGUGGCGGCGGCGUGGCUGCUGCUGUGGGCCUCGGCCUGCGCGCAGCGGGAGCGCGACUUCUACGACUUCAAAGCGGUCAACAUCCGGGGCAGGCUGGUGUCGCUGGAGAAGUACCGCGGCUCGGUGUCCCUGGUAGUGAACGUGGCUAGCGAAUGUGGCUUCACAGACCAGCACUACCAAGCCCUACAGCAGCUGCAGAAGGACUUGGGUCCUCACCAUUUCAAUGUGCUUGCCUUCCCCUGCAACCAAUUUGGCCAACAGGAGCCAGACAGCGACAGGGAGAUUGAGAGCUUUGCCCGCCGCACCUACAGUGUCUCUUUCCCCAUGUUCAGCAAGGUGGCAGUCAUUGGCACUGGAGCUCACCCUGCCUUCAAAUACCUGACUGAGACUUCUGGAAAGGAGCCCACCUGGAACUUCUGGAAGUACCUUGUGGCUCCCGAUGGAAAGGUGGUGGGGGCUUGGGACCCAACCGUGGCAGUUGAGGAAAUCAGGCCUCAUAUAGUAGAACUUGUGAGGAAGCUUAUCCUGCGGAGGCGAGAAGAUUUAUAACCACAUUCCCUCUUCUCCUGUCCUGUCCAUCCCCUCUAUCUGUGUAUAGAUCACUAAACAAACUCAAAUGGUGCUUCAGAGGGAGAAACCCAUUGAGUCUCUUCCUUUUGCUCUUACCCCUCCUAUCCUGUCACUCUUAUGGUGGGGUAGGGGGAAUAAACCUAAAACUUUUGCUUUUUGAAUCAAAGAGAAACCAAUAGGCACUUCUGGCCAAUGAGAGUUCUUAACAGAGAAUCAAAAAAAAAAAAAAAAAAAAAAAAAGAGUCACCAGGCAAUAAGAACCUCUACCCAAUGAAACACUGCCAAUGAGAACGUCUAGCCAAUGAAACAUGUUGCCAGGAAGAACCUUUAGCCAGUGAAACAUGUUUUGCAAGUAGAAGUACAUCAAGCUGCAAUCUCCUACCCAGCCACGGCUGUCAAAUGGGGCUGAUUCCUACCUCACAGGGCUGUUGUGAGGAUUAAGAUGAAACAUUUGUGAAAGUUUAUAGGCAGUGAUAGCCAAAUAAGAGGUGUUCAAUAAAUAUUUUUUUGCAUAUAA